AUGAUUGAAGAGACAUUAACAAACGAUUUUGGACUUCCAAAACUCUUCACAGAAACCUGUACAAUGUCGGGCAUUGGAGGACACGUUGAACGGUUCGAUAGCACAACUGAACCUUUGAGAGUCAGAUCCGCGUACGGGAAAGAACUACGCUUCAACGUACAAACCAAACCAAUCUUAACAAACGAAUUUCCUUCGGUAAAACUGACAGAAGAAGAUGCCAAUUUCCUUGAGCAUAACCAGAUCUGCGUCGCAAAUUCCAAUUUACAAGGAGAGCGACAGGUGCCCUUAAUUUUAGUUGGACUCGACAAAUAUCACGACCUGGUCAUAAAAGACGGAGUUCCACAGAGAACACCUUCGGGGUUGCGAAUCGCAAAAACCGUGUUCGGUAGAGCAAUUUAUGGCCGAGGCAGGCUAGACAAUCCAGCAGAACAGUCAGUAUCCUUUGGGUUGAUGGCCAUUCACGAAGGCUCAGAGGAUCGAAUAUCAGAGAAACCUUUCAAUCUAGAAGAGCAAGGAGUUUCUUCUGAUGAUCGCGCCGCUGAUAGUAAAAUUAAGCAACAUUUCGAAAGCAACCCAAAUUCACUAUCGAUCAAUAUAGGUUAUGUCACAGCACCAUUUAAAUGGCAGUGCAAUAUCUCAAAACUUGAGAAUGAGGCGUUCACGCAGAUUGGGCUUGAAGACGCACACAAAGAGUUAUGCCGCCCACUGUGUUCAAGAUACCAGAGGCUUAUUAUGGGGUCAAACAUGGCGGAGCGCCGCUUUAAUCGGUUACCAUUCGGAGUCAUUGCGUCACCUAGUAUACUAAAUAUGGCGUCUCUAGCAUUUCUGCGCUCGAAAGGGACUGAAUUAUCGGCAGAAAGAGAGAGAAAUCUGGAUAUGGACAAUAUUUCACUUCAGCCACAAUCUGAAGGGCGGAUUCCCCAAAGAUACAAAGAGUCUAAGAGUUCGUUCUCAAAAAUCGGUAUGAACUUCCGAGAGUAUGUUUCUAGUACGAAUAAUAAUAACAUGACCAUACCAAAGAACGACCGGGCUCCAUCGGGUAAAACAAACUUCUUUGCGCUCAUAACGACACGAAGAACGACCGCCCUACAGUAA